AUUGAAAGUCGGAAGCUGUUCGGUGGGACGCAGAAGGAUGUGGCUUGUGACAGUUUUGCUGCCUCUGCUCAGGCUGUAUCUGUGCGGAAUUAAAGUUCUUCUCUAUCAGAUGUUCAACAGAUCUUUUACGUUACCAGGUGCUUACUAAGUGAAGGCAUCCAAGUGGAUUGCUUACCAAAGGAACCAAUGGAGGGUAAAAGUUCAGGACCUUCAUGCUCUGGCCUCAAUCUGGUUGCACACCCACGAGCAAAAAGCAAAGUCUGGAAGUACUUUGGCUUUGACACAGAUGCAGAUGGCUGUAUUUUGCACUGGAAACGGAUAUACUGUCGUGUAUGUAUGAGUCAAAUUGCUUACUCUGGAAAUACUUCCAAUCUGUCAUACCACCUUGAAAAGAACCAUCCGGUAGAGUUCAGUGAGUUUGUGAAGAGCAACACCGAUCAGAUGCGUGAGGCAUUCGCCACAGCAUUCUCCAGGAUAAAGACUGAGCCCUCAGGUCUACAUGGUCAGCAACAAUCCCAGGACACAAACUUAAGGCACAGUUUAGACUAUGAAAACAGAAGACACAAUGAUCUGACAGUAGCUAUUAUCAACUUCAUCUGUGAGGGGCUGUACCCUGUAUCUGUAGUUGAGGAACGUACCUUUAAGACCUUAAUGAGUACUGUUGAUCCUGGGUACUCUCCACCAAGCAAAAGUGAGCUGGCAGUGAAAAUGGUUCCUCAGAGGUAUUGCCGUACCCGGGACAUGGUCUUUAGUGAGCUUGCUGGGGUUGUGAACUGUGGCGUUACAACAGACCUCUGGCAAAGUCAAACCCAGAACAGAACAUACAUUUCACUCUCUAUGCAUUCAGUUAAUUACAAUAGUACAACUGGUUUCUCUAUGACCAACAAGUGCCUGAAAACAUUUGAAGUACAAGAGGACAACACAGCUGAGAAUAUCACCAGAGCAAUGUACGAAGCGUUUGUUGAAUGGGGGAUAACUCAUAAAGUCAGCGGUGCCACCACAAAUGGUUCAGUAGACAUUGUCAAGGCAUGCUCGCUCUUGGAAUUGUCAGUAGAAAUGCCUUGCCUUGGACACACCAUCAAUCAUGCAAUGGUUGAAGCCUUCCAGCUGCCACGGGUCGACAGCUUUUUGGGAUGUUGCCGCAAACUUGUUGAUCACUUCAGAGAACCUGCAAUGUAUCUGCUGAGAGAAAAACAGAAGCAGCAUGGCCUCACUCAGUGUGCACUAAUCACAGACAGGGGUAGGUCUUGGUUGGCCACACUAGCAAUGUUAGACAGACUAAAAGAGCAGCAGGUGGCUAUAACUGCAACACUUACAGAGAGUUCCAGCAGUCAUCAUUUCAGCUUUGAUGGCCCUGACUGGACUUUAUUGGAGGGCUUGAUUGAAGUCCUCCAGCCUUUUAAAGUCGUGGCUAAUAUGAUCACUUCCUGCAGAUACCCAACCAUUAGCAUGGUGAGGCCUGUACUUCAUAUGCUGUUGAACACCACCCUCAAGGUCAAGGAAGGGGACCUCAAAGAGAUAAGCAUGACCAAAGAGGUUAUCUCCAAGGUCCUAUCAAGCACCUAUUCACAGAAUUCGCAGCUAUCGCAAGAGAUCUCAACAUUCCUCAACAUUGCCACAUUCCUGGAUCCCCGGUACAAGAGGUUGCCUUUCCUGUCCACUCAGGAACGCUCCAAAGUUGAAAGUAACAUCAUCGAGGAGGCAAAGACAAUUCUUGAGAAGCAGAUUUCAGAGCGGUCAUGCCUUGAUGACUUCUCCUUGUUGUCUGAUGAACCACCUAGCAAAAAACAGGCACCUGUGAGAGAAUCUUCAGCCAGCAGCACAUCCCAAGAUAACCCUUUGGCUGCCAUAUUUUGCCAGUCUGACACAGACCAGAGCCAGGAGGAGCUGCAUGCUCAGGUCAUGGAGGAGCUGAGCAACUAUAAGUCACAGAGGGUCCUAGGUCUGAAUGAAGACCCUUUACUAUGGUGGUCGAGUCAUGCAGCCUUGUUCCCUACCCUCCCCAAGGUGCUGCAGAAGUACUGGUGUGUUCCUGCCACAAGUGUACCUUGUCACAGGCUGUUCAGUUCUUCUGGGACUGUGCUGUGUGGGAAGAGGAACCGCAUUGCUCCAGCGCUAGUAGAUCAACAGAUCUUCUUGUAUGAGAAUUUGAGGAGCUACUACGAAUCUGAGCCCUGUGAGGAUGAUUUGGACAAUGUUUGGGAAGGAAAUUGUAGUCUAGGUCAGCCUCUUGAGUGACUGUAGGCUUAAAGUUGUAAAAUUUGACAACUUUAUUGCCUGUGCACUGCGUGUGUACAUGACCUGCUAAAGCAUUAAAAAAUCAAGAUAUUUCAAUGUAAAGGACCUGUGAAAAACCCCUGUCUGAGUUUUGGCCUAUCAUCUGUAAGAAAAGAAUUUGGCCUUAUUGCCUCACCCAAUCAUUUAAUAAUAGUGUAUUAUGUUGGGGAGAGCUUUUAUAUCUUUCUGAGAGUGAGAUAAGACUGUAUCAGUCUCAUGUCAGAGUGACUGAGCUAAACCUAGGACAUGUUUAGCCUAACUACUACAAAGACUGAAGCAAGACAAACAGCUAGCCUGUCCAAAGUUCAAAAACAUGUCUACUAACACCUUUAAAGCUCAAUAAUGAACCUUCAUUUGUUCAAUCUAUGUAUAAACAAAAUGUAGAAACUAGCUGUUGAGCUGUUGUUCAAGAAAUAGCUCCAACACUAAAACCAAACAUGUUGUUUUUAGCUGUUAGUGGAUUGGCUUUAGGUUCACUAGAUAUCUCAACAAGCACUGGAUGCCCUGAAACCUUUUAACCCACAUCCAUGGUCCCUGGGAUCCUAAUAACUUUAUGGCUCCUCUGACUCUUCAUCUAGCUCCAUCAUUAGGUCAAUAUUUGAAUUUGCCCAAUACUUCAGUUUGUGACCAAACACCUGCAAAACUAAUGGUAUAUCCAUCAACAUCAGUUGGAUAUUGAAUUGAAUUGAUUUAUCAGCUUUAGAGGUGUUGUUAAGCUUUUCUUUUUACUUUGGACAAAGCAAGCUGUUCCCCAGUGCUCCCAGUCAUAAUACUGUGUCCUGACUCAGGUUCUAUACUUAACACAGAAAAAUAAGAGUAAUAUUAAUCUUUUGAUCUCAGUCUUGGAGGAAAAAGACUACAAUAUAGAAAGGCUGUCAUAAAAUCUAUAAAUCAACAGUAUAAUUUUUCAAAUUGAUUUUUACUAUCUUACAAAUGAGAGAAAGUAAUUAAAUGCUAUAACUGAAUAAUGUUCUUCCAUCAUAGAUGGAACAUUUUUGUCAAAAUGUUGUUUAUUGUAAUAAACAAAACAUCAGAAUCAGCCAUUAUAUGUUCAUGUUGGAUCAAACAAAUCUGAUAACCUGAAAGAAUUCUAGUGAUUAUAGUAAUUGGUGAGUAAUUAUGCUGUAAGCACUAUCUUUUUUGUUUUGUUUUGUUUUUUUCUGUUGUACAUUUUUGUCAGACAGUAUGAUUCAACUUAUGUCUAAACAUGUCUUGCUCUGCAUUACACUGGUACAUGUACUAUAUGAUGUAAAAAAACAAAGUAAAGAGUUUGUUUUCAACA